CCGGCUAGAGUUCCUAGUCGCCGCGUCCUGUCGAGCUUGGCUCCGUGCGCGCGCUUCUUCUUCCUCAGCUCGCCCAGCUCGACCAUCCUUCAAGUUUCGCCCAGCCCAGUCGCGCAUCUGCUCUGCUCGCCGACACGCGUUCCUCUCUCCGGUGCCGCGCGCGCCCUUGAUUUCCCAUGCCGAGCAGCUCGCUGGCUCUCUGAUUGUUCCAGCUCGUGGCGGUUCUCCCUACCGCGCUCGGUCUUCGUCUCUGUCGCGCGCGCGAAUUUUCUUCGUUUGGUCUUAAUUCCCGUUGCAUCGUCGACCUCGUCAAAUGCGUUCGUCGUUUGGCCCUGUGUCGUUAGGCUCGUUGACCGUGUUCGCUACCGCGUGUGCUUGUUCCUAAUGCGCAUCAUGCAGUAGUUGGGUCUCGCGCGCGUGGUUUUGAAGCUAUGCGCGUUCGUCGUUCUCUAGUCCCAGCCCGACCCAUUCGUGCGCUCACUUUUCGUCCCUCGGGUUUCGUGCAUGCUCACGUUUAUCGUCGAGUCGUCGGACCCGUCAUCCUCUGCUCCACCCCCCACCUCACCAGCUCGCUCCCGACUUCAGCUGAAAGUCGUCGUCGUUCCGCGCGUCAGCAAGAAAUCUCAAGAAUCGGGUGAAGACGAAGCUAGCAGCGCGAUAUUCCCUAAGCGCUCGACAAAUUGCAUGAAUCGGAAAAUCGCUACCGAUCUCGCGGACUCGUGUCAGCUGUGGAAACGGUAAGAUGAUAAAUUAUUUAGAAUGGUUCAAUCGUUGAAUAAAUGUGUUAGUGCGAGGCUUAUUAAGGUACUCGAUAAAUUUGCGUGAGUCACGAAACUUUCGUCGACUUCGCAGUUCUUGCGAUUAUCGAGCCAGAUUC